GGAAGGAAAGUUAUUCGAUUCUUUCGUGAACUCGAGACUCCACCAUGCCUGAGACAGUACCCAAAGUAGCGAAGAAAGGCUCCAAGAAAGCCGUGACUAAGGCCGGGCCCAAGGGCGGCAAGAAGAGGAGGUCCAAGAGGAGGGAGAGCUACGCCAUCUACGUGUACAAGGUGCUGAAGCAGGUCCACCCCGACACCGGCAUCUCCUCCAAGGCCAUGGGCAUCAUGAACUCGUUUGUCAGCGACAUCUUCGAGCGCAUCGCCGGUGAGGCCUCCCGUCUGGCUCACUACAACAAGCGCUCCACCAUCACUUCCAGGGAGAUCCAGACCGCCGUCCGCCUGCUGCUGCCCGGGGAGCUGGCCAAGCACGCCGUGUCUGAGGGCACCAAGGCCGUCACCAAGUACACCAGCUCCAAGUAAACAGGGACUGCUGCUCCAACAACAACACAACGGCUCUUUUAAGAGCCACCCACCUCCUCUGGAGAGACUUUCCUCUUCUUGAAACCUCAUAAAUGUGUUUAAUGCAUGUUCUACCAGAUGCUAUAAUGUCUUCGUUAAUCUGUUAUGACUACAUCAGGACGUAACAUGUUUGCACUAUACACAUUGGUCGUCUAGUGGUUCACAAAAUUUUGCUGUAAAGCUGUAUUCUUACCAAGAAAUCACCAGGUAAUUAGUCAAUUUUAUUUCAGUUUGGAGUUUAUGUAAGCACAUCAGAGCUGAUAUUAUCCGUCUAUGCAUUUCAAGAAACCCUAGCACAUAAGUAACAUAUGAGCACUAUGCAGUAUAUCCUUAUCCAAAAUGUAGUUUAGUUUGCACAAAUAUUGCAAGUCUAGGUUAAUUGCUUAAGCUGCCAUAAAGUCAGUGUCCUGCAUGAUAUAAAUUAUAUCUUGAUUUGCAAGUAAAUAAAUAAAAAAAAAAAUCAGGAAAAGAACACCAUCAUUUUGAAGUAAAAUUCUUUAUCCAGCAGUGGGAUAAUACAGAGACUGUUCAAGCGAAUUUCUUGUUAUUGAAACCUCAAAUGUGUUUAUUACAUGUUUUACCAGACGCCGUAAUGAUGCCUUCCAUCCCAUUUGUACCCACUAUAUAUGGCAGAUUAUGAAAGGAGUAAAAAUAUAUUAAAACAAUAGAUUCCUGUGGUCUUAGUAAAUCUUAUACUCGAAUUACAUACUUGUAUGUCCAUUUCUCAUAUGCACAGCAACAAUUUCAAUACAAUUUUGAAUGUGAUCAUAUUGUUAUUGUUUUAUUUUAAGUAUAUUGAAGUGAUAUAUAAUCAUCAGACUAAUUGAGAUUACACACCAUCUCAAAGAGCAGAGUUUGAAUUUUAUUACAAUAUCUUUAUUGUAUGUUUAUCAGAACAUCAAACAUAUUGUGACAUAAUUAAUCAUGUUGGCCCAUUAUUUAACAUACCAUAUGUAUUAAAACUGCUCUUGUAACAUGCAAAUUAAAGUUUAAUUAUGAUUGACUUGUCCUCAUAAGCACAGAAACACAAUACUAGAUUUAGAAAUAAAAUUCUGAAUGUGAUGCUAUUGUUCCUCUUCCUAAAAACAUUUACAUCAAAUACAAACUGUCCUAAAGUAAAAACCUUGAUUUAAAUACAUAAACAUGUUGGCCCAUUAUGAUUGACGUGUCCUGUAGUACUUCAAUUUAUUGUACAAUGUAUAUAUUUAUACAUGCUUAGGUAUUUAGAUGUAAUGAUGCUUUCCACCCCAUUUGUACUUACUAUAAAAGCAGAUUGUGAAAGGAAUAAAAAUAUUGGAUUUCUGUCAU